UUCCGCUGCGCGGCCGCCUGCGGCCUGUCACGGGCCGGGGGGAGGCCUCUGACCGGAGGGGGCGGAUGUAGGCGGGGCCGGAGCUGGAGCUGGACGCGAAGCCCGAGCCGGAGCCGGAUCCGCGGCCGGGCCCUGCGUGGGUGCGAUGAAGGCGCUGAUCCUGGUGGGCGGCUACGGCACGAGGCUGCGGCCCCUGACCCUGAGCACGCCCAAGCCGCUGGUGGACUUCUGCAACAAACCCAUCCUGCUGCACCAGGUGGAGGCGCUGGUGAAGAAGGCAGGAGUGAAUCAUGUGAUCCUGGCUGUGAGCUACAUGUCUGAGAUGUUGGAGAAAGAAAUGAAGGAACAGGAACUAAGGCUAGGGAUUCGAAUCUCCUUGUCCCAUGAACAGGAGCCUCUGGGAACAGCAGGGCCCCUGGCACUCGCCAGGGAGCUGCUCACAGAGAAUUCGGAUCCCUUCUUCGUUCUCAACAGUGACAUCAUCUGUGACUUCCCCUUUGCUGCGAUGGCGAAGUUCCAUCAGCAUCAUGGGCAGGAGGGGACCAUCGUGGUGACCAAAGUGGAGGAGCCCUCCAAGUACGGGGUGGUGGUGAGCGACACAGUCACAGGCCGCAUCCAUCGAUUUGUGGAGAAGCCCCAGGUCUUUGUGUCCAAUAAGAUCAAUGCCGGCAUGUACAUCUUUAGUCCCAGUGUGUUACAGCGAAUCCAGUUACAGCCCACAUCUAUCGAGAAGGAAAUCUUCCCUGUGAUGGCCAAGGAAGGGCAGCUGUAUGCCAUGGAACUUGCAGGCUUCUGGAUGGACAUCGGGCAGCCCAAGGACUUCCUGACUGGGAUGUGCCUCUUCCUGCAGUCACUUAGGCAGACGCAGCCUGAGCGGCUCUACUCUGGCCCGGGCAUUGUGGGCAACGUGCUGGUGGAUCCAAGCGCUAGGAUCGGCCAGAACUGUAGCAUCGGGCCCAACGUCAGCCUGGGCCCUGGUGUGGUGGUAGAGGAUGGCGUGUGUAUCAAGCGAUGCACAGUGCUGCGAGGCGCCCAUAUCCGUUCUCACUCAUGGCUCGAUUCCUGCAUUGUGGGCUGGAGCUCCCGUGUGGGCCAGUGGGUGCGCAUGGAGAACGUGACAGUGCUGGGAGAGGAUGUCAUUGUGGGCGAUGAGCUCUACCUCAAUGGGGCCAGUGUACUGCCCCACAAGUCCAUUGGCGAAUCAGUGCCUGAGCCGCGAAUCAUCAUGUGAACUAAGGCGCAGAGCACAGCAGCCCCUGCUGCCCUGGGCAAGGCUCAGGCAUCUCCGUGCCUCCAAGGGGAGGGAGCUGAAGCCCUCUCCCCAACCCCUCACCACAAAGGGAAGGAGAAGGCCCCUGUAAAUAGCUCUCUUUAUAAUGUAAGAGUUUAAACAAAGCUGGCGUUAUAUUGUUUAA